UAGCUGUUUGAUCUACUUAGCUGACGAAAAAAGUUUUAGCUAAUGAGAGAGGCACAAUGAUUACUUGCAACUAAAAAAAAAAAAAAAAUACUGGAUUCCAGAGACUGCUACAAUGUCGGCAGAAGGAGAUGAUAACAGCGGGAUGCUGGAAAAUCAUGUCCGAAAUGCCAUAAAAUCUGAGAAGCAAUUGAUUGACUCUGACCAGGGGAGUGAUGAAAAUCUUUCUAAGGAAAAUGGGCUGCAUGAUGGCAACCCAUAUAUUAAUGGUGCCCAUGAUCAACUUGUACAAAUGGUUGUAGAACUCAAUUUUCAGAAUGAGUAUUUGAAGACUCAGUUCGAGGACCUGAAAAAUCUUCACACCGACUCUGUUGCAUCGUACCAACAAACAAAAGCAAUUGAGCUAGAUGUUGAGGCAUGCAAAGAUGUCAAAGAGCUUCAUGAAAAGAUCCAAUCUUUGAAUCGAGAACUUCUGGAAGAAAGACAAACAAGAGGCGCUGCAGAGGAGGCUCUGAAGCAUCUUCGAGCUGUAUACUCAGAUGCAGAUGCAAGGGCCCAAGAGCUUGCCACCAAACUUGCUGAAGCUCAACAGAAGAUGGAUCAAGAAAUAAAAGAACGUGAUGAGAAGUACUCUGAGCUAGAUUCCAAGUUCAACAGGCUUCACAAACGCGCAAAACAGCGUAUUCAAGAUGUUCAGAAGGAAAAAGAUGACCUUGAGGCCCAGUUUCGUGAUAUCAAUGAAAAAGCCGACCGGGCAUCAACUCAAGUGUCUGCAUUGCAGCAAGAUCUGGACCGCACGAGGCAACAAGCUAAUGAUGCAUUGAAAGCAAUGGAUGUGGAAAGGCAACAAUUACGAAGCACAAACAAUAAACUUAGAGACAACAUUGAAGAACUGCGCCGAUCUUUGGAACCUAAAGAGAAUGCUGUUGAGGCAUUGCAACAGUCUCUUCUGGAAAAAGACCAGAUAUUGGAGGACAUGCGAGGCUUACUACAAGCAGCAGAUGAAAAAAGACAAACUUCAAUGGCUGAACUUUCUUUGAAACACCAGAAGCAAAUAGAGAGUUUGGAAGCUCAUCUUGCUGAUGCUUUGUCCGAUAGAACCAAAGCAGCCGAAACAAUCUCCUCUCUGCAAGGACUGGUUGUGGAGAAAGAGUCUAGGAUUGCUGAGAUGGAUGCAGCUUCAAGUGGUGAAGCAGCACGAUUUAGAGCUGCUAUGGAAGCUGUGAAGGGAGAGCUUACUCACCUGAAACAAGGGCAUGAGAAAGAAAAAGAGAUCUGGGAAGCUGCCUCCCAGGCACUGAAAAUGAAGCUGGAGAUUGCUGAGAGUAACUUCAUACAAGCUGAAAUUGAAGCUGCUAAAAUGAGAAGUCAGCUAGAAUUAGAAUUGUCUGUGCAAACACUACUACUAAAUGCAAGAGAUGCUGAAUUAGCAGCUGCCAAAGAGGAGAUCAAUCGCUUUGAAAAUGAAUUUGCUUCGUACAAGGUUCGCGCUCAUGCGCUUCUGCAGAGAAAAGAUGCAGAACUUGCUGCUGCUAGGGAUAAUGAAGAACUUAAAGCUCAGGAAGAAGCACUAAAAGAGGCUGAGAAGGAAGUGCUGUUACUAUCUGCUGAAAGGGAUAAAUACCUUCAAGAUCUGAAUAAUGCUUUGGCCAAUUAUGAUAAAGAACUUGCUACAAGAGAUGCAGCUCUUGGCACUGCAGAUCAACAUACUAAGAGAAUUGAAAAAAAACUCAAUGAUGUUCUCUCUAGCCACCAAUCAGAGAAAGAAGCAUGGGAAAUAAACCUUCAAAACGUGGAAGAAACUUGGCGAUUAAGAUGUGAAGCAUUGAAGGCUCAAAUUGAGAUGUCUUCUGGUCAGAAUUUCCAGAAGGAACUAGAGGACCUCAAAAUACGUUAUGAAAAAUUGAAGGAAGAGCAUGUUUCAUUUCGUGAUCUUGCUGAUAAAAUGAUUGAGGAGAAGGACAAAGAGAUCUCUAGACUUUUAGAUGAUUACAAGAAUCUUCGUCAAUCACUAGAAUCAAGACCACAAGCUUAUUACAGUGAUGACUACCGUCCAGCCUUUCAGAAACAGGAUGCAUCAAAUUCAAGUGCCUCGGCUGCAGAUCAGCAGAUUCUGAUUUUGGCAAGGCAACAAGCUCAAAGAGAGGAAGAGCUCGCUCAGUCGCAGCGUCACAUUCUUGCUCUUCAAGAGGAAAUCGAGGAGCUUGAACGUGAAAAUCGUCUCCACAGCCAGCAGGAAGCCAUGUUGAAGGAAGAAUUCCGGAACAUGGAAAGAAUGCAGAAGAGGGAAGGUGUAGAUAUGACAUAUCUAAAAAAUGUUGUCCUAAAGCUUCUUGAAACAGGUGAAGUGGGGGCUCUGCUGCCUGUGAUUGCAAUGCUGCUUCAAUUUAGUCCUGAGGAGGUGCAAAAGUGUCAGCAAGCCUACCGCUCUUCAACUGAUGUUCCAGCCAGCCCAGCAAGUGAUGCUUCGGGAUCUGGGCUGUCGCUUUUUUCUAGAUUCUCAUUUUCAUGACGGAAGAACGAAGGGCCGAAGAAAGAGCUUUUGUUUUGACGAGUACCAGCUGCAGCAGCAGUUCACGUUCAACAAGAUUGGCUGCUUGCUUGUGGAUUCAGGUGAUAUGAGGUCACUGUAAUUCUUGUAUUGUUUGUCUAGCAAACCUAUUUCAUUGACUACUGCUGAGAUACUGUAAAGCGCAUAUACGAGAGAAAGCAAAAGUACUGCAGAUGCCCAAAGAUGAAGAGCACAACGGCAGGGUUUUGUAUUGUUUUUUUAGCGAUUAGUGUAUAGAAGACAGGUAUAUGUUUUAUUGCUUAGGUUUUUGUUGUAAGCAAUUUUAAAAGCAUGUUUCAAAAAAUGUUUGUGACAAUAGUAUAUUACAAUAGCUCAAGGAAUGAUUUUCCAUUUUGGUGUGGAAUCUCUUAAUACCAGUAAGUUUAUUAUUUUAAAUUUAAUGCCAAGAUCUCUUG